GGGCGUGAGGUUUCUGGCUCCUUUUGACAGACUGACACCGCGGGCGCACAGACUAGAGCAGCCGGUCCGGCUCCAGGGACCUCCCGCCUGGGCGGGGUGCAGAGGCCCGGCCACGUCGCCGCGCCGCCACCCAGGCUCCGGCCAGGGGCGUCCGGGGCCGCGCAGGGACCUGGCUCCGGGACUCGGAUGCCGGGCAGAGCUUCGCUCAGGUCGGCAGGCGUCCCGGAGGAGGUAUCAUCCAAGGUCAUGCGGAGACGCCCGGAGGGCCGAGAUGGAGGAGCUUCCUCUGGGUGAAAGGCCGGGCGCCCUUAGCUCGAGGCAGCCCCUGUGGAGAGGGGCGGGGCCGGGCCGGGCCGCCGCCGGUGUCCACUCGGGAAUCUUCGGCCCCCGCUCGGCCGCGCUCCUCCUGUCCGGCCUCGAGUCCAGGGCCGGUCCGGAAACAGCCGAGCGGAUCCGGAAACAACCGAGCGGACCCGGAAGCGGGGAGCGCCGUCACCGGGGAGUGCGGGAACCCGCCGUUUGCGUGGAGGCGAUGGCGGCAGCGGCGCCGGAGGCGGUGGAUGGCGGGCGACGACGGCCGGGGGCUGCGCUGGACCCCUCGCCCCAGGACGGGGCAGAGGUGGAGGCCGAGUCUGGGGAGAUCUGCCGGCUGCGGGCCGAGCUGGCAGGCGCCCUGGCCGAGAUGGAGACCAUGAAGGCUGUGGCGGAGGUGAGCGAGAGCACGAAGGCCGAGGCAGUGGCCGCAGUGCGGCGGCAGUGCCAAGAGGAGGUGGCCUCGCUGCAGGCCAUUCUGAAAGAGAGCAGCCACCACGGGAAGCCACCACCCUGCCAGCAUGCUCACCCUCCCCCUUCUCCUCUCCCCCUCCGCACACCCCCAGACUCCAUCGGCAGCUAUGAGGCCCAGAUCAAGGCUCUGAAGCAGGAGCGGCAGCAGCAGCAACAGGACUGUGAGGAGAAGGAGCGAGAGCUGGGCCGCCUGAAGCAGCUGCUGUCCCGGGCUCACCCCCUGGACUCCUUGGAGAAGCAGAUGGAAAAGGCCCACGAGGACUCGGAGAAGCUGCGGGAGAUCGUGCUGCCCAUGGAGCAGGAGAUCGAGGAGCUGAAGGCCAAGCUGCUGCGGGCAGAGGAGCUGAUCCAAGAGAUCCAGCGCCGCCCGCGGCCGCCGCCCUCCCUGCACGGCUCGGCCGAGCUGCUGACCCUGUCCCGGGACCCGUCUCCGCCGCUGGAGUCCCUGGAGGAGCUGAGUGGAGACGGGGGUGCGGCCGCCGAGGCCUUCGCCCACAACUGCGACGACAGCGCCUCCAUCUCCUCCUUCUCCCUGGGCGGCGCGGUGGGCAGCAGCGCCUCCCUGCCCCGCGGCCGCCAGGGCCUGAGCCCCGAGCAGGAGGAGACGGCCUCGCUGGUGUCCACCGGCACGCUGGUCCCCGAGGGCAUCUACCUGCCCCCGCCCGGCUACCAGCUCGUCCCCGACAGCCAGUGGGAGCAGCUGCAGGCAGAGAGCCGACAGCUGCAGAAGGACCUGGAGAGCAUCAGAGGCGAGCGGGACGAGUUACAGGAGGGCCUGAGGCGCAGCAAUGAGGACUGCAGCAAGCAGAUGCAGGUGCUCCUGGCCCAGGUUCAGAACUCUGAGCAGCUGCUGCGGACCCUGCAGGGGACCGUGAGCCAGGCCCAGGAGCGGGUUCAGCUGCAGAUGGCAGAACUGGCCACCUCCCACAAGUGCCUGAGCCACGAGGUGAAACGGCUGACUGAGGAGAACCAAGGGCUGCGGGCAGAGCAGCCGCCAUCUUGGGCCCCACAGGGCCUGGAGCAGGACGGGACCCCUGAGGAGACACUGCCCAGCUCAGUGCUGGAGCUGCAGCAGCUGGUGCUCCACACACGGCAGGAGGCGCGGGCCCAGCAGCAGGCCCGCGAGCAUGAGGCCGAGCGCCUGCGAAUCGAGAUCGUGACGCUGCGGGAGGCGCUAGAGGAGGAGACAGCGGCCAGGGCCAGCCUGGACGGGCAGCUGCGGCUACAGCGGGAGGAGACAGAGGUGCUGGAGGCUUCGCUGUGCAGCCUGCGGACGGAGAUGGAGCGCAUGCAGCAGGGACAGGGCAAGGCCCAGCUCCCAGACCUGUCUGAGCAGAGGGCGAAGGUGCUGCGGCUGCAGGCUGAGCUGGAGACCAGUGAGCAGGUGCAGAGGGACUUUGUCCGACUCUCCCAGGCUCUGCAGGUGCGCCUGGAACGGGUCCGCCAGGCAGAGACGCUGGAGCAAGUGCGGCGCAUCAUGGACGAGGCGCCCCUCAGGGACGUCAGGGACAUCAAAGAUACCUGAGGUUCCAGAGGAGGCCGCCCACCUGGGGACACUGCCCUUUUCCGCAGAGGAGCUAGAGGCCAGGGCCUUGGGGCCUUCACCCUCUCCAGGCCUGAGGCUGAGGUGACGGGCCGCUGCGGCCCUGUCCCCCGCCGAUGUGAUACCCAGGGAGGCUGGGCCUUCUGCUCUGGAGGAUGGAGGACACUCACUGGGUGAGCUCCCACCGUGCUUCUGGGACCAGAGGUGCGGGCUCAGCCGCUGUGGCUUCUUGGCAGCUGUGCCAUAUCCUGGAUCCCACCCCCUGUCCUGGCCCCCAGCUAUGCGUGGUGGCUGGGAGCUCCCCCUCCCUUUCCAUCAGGCACUCCUGGGACAGUCAGCUGCCUCUGGACCGCAUGACACUAAGGCUUGUCCGCAGGCCCAGCCCAGGCCCCAGCGCGAGUACGGAGGCAAGGGCAGACUUUUCUGUCAUUUAUUUUCAAUAAAUAAGCAGCUCAGCUCAA